AAGUUUAGAGGCAAAAGAGUGCCUCGACCUCGAUCGCUGCGUCAAAAUAAAAAGAAAACCAACCAAAUCAUAACAAAACCAGCUGUUUUAUGGAGCAUUAUUUCUAAAAGUUUAGUGAUUAUUUCAAUAAUUCGUUUCACUCCAAUCAGAACCUAACAUAACUGUGCAGUAAGUUGUGAUUUGCUCAGAAUCUCUUUCCGUUGAAUGAUUGGUAAUCGAUUUCGCCAACUAUUGCUUAAUAUGCCAUUCUAUGCCGUGGCAAAGGGAAGAGCAGUUGGUGUCUAUCUGACGUGGCCGGAAUGCCAACGACAAGUGACCGGAUUUACAGGUGCGAAAUUUAAGAAGUUUCCUACACGUCAGCAGGCGGAGACUUUCAUCCGAGAAAAUGGUGGAAGCAUUUCCAGCUCCAGCUCCGACAGUGCGAGCAACUCUUCUGUGGACUCACAACCCGUUUGUCCUCCGACACAGGCCGUCCGGGUGUUGAUUGACAACUAUGACGGCAUAAAUGCGGCUUGCUCAAGGAUUGAAAGUAUGAAACGAGAGCUUGAUGAGCUGAGAUCGACAGCAGCUGAUCCAGUUUCGAAUGAAUCGGAUGCGCCACGCCCUGCCAAGCGUAAGAAAACGUCCAACGAGCCGCCUAAACCGGUAACGAAGCUGGAAAAAUACGGAAGCUACAGUUUCCUGCAGGACGAGGAUGGCUAUGUCCAUGUGUACACGGAUGGUUCUUGCGAAGGAAAUGGUACCGCAGCAGCUUGCGCCGGUUUGGGAGUAUAUUUCGGGGAAGGACAUGCUCUGAAUACUUCCCAGCCUGUCAGUGGACGAGCAACUAAUAAUUGUGGAGAAAUCCAAGCCGCUUCGUUGGCCAUACGGUUAGCGAAACAACAUGGCAUUAAAAGACUGACUAUCAAUACGGACUCUAAAUUCCUGAUUGAUUCCAUAACCAAAUGGAUGCCAAACUGGAAGCGAAACCAGUGGAAACUGUCCACUGGGAAACCGGUGAAGAAUCAGGUGGAUUUUAUGGAACUGGACAAAGAACUGGCGGGCAAGAACAUUGAUAUCAAAUGGAACCACGUGGAUGCUCAUUGCGGUAUAUUGGGUAACGAACGGGCAGAUGCAUUGGCCCGUGAAGGCUCGGCAAUGUUUCGGCGCCAAAAGGCUUCUCGUUGAUCGUCGCAGUGUAGUAAGUAUUGGCUAAGUUUUGCCUGUUUGUUCGCGGUAUUUUCGAUUAUUUAUGUAACGCUAAUUAAACUUUUUGAUUAUA